GAAAGAGUCUCACCUUACGACUUUUGCCGAGCUGUCAGUGCCAAACCACACCUCGCCUACGUCGCCGUGAUCUUCGAAGUUGUCGAUUUCCAGGGAAUAGGUCCUCUCCCAACUCUCCGUCCGAUGUCUCUCGCCGGCAACGUCAGCAUCAGGAGCCGUAUAAGCAGUGGCAGCUUAACCACCCACAGCCACCCCACGGCGAUCCCCACCAUUUCCGCGAAUUCGUCCUGGCGCCGGCGCAGGAGCGCAUCGCAGCCGCGGCGGCAACGGCGGCAUCGCCAGCAGCACGCGAGGAUCAGUUCAGUGGCAGCCGAGGCGCCGCCUAUUUAAGGUCCGCGCGAGGCCGCGCGCCGCCAGUGUUGGUUAUGACUCCGCGGCGCGCGGAGCUCGCUGCCGCUCCUCCUCCGCUCCUACGACGGUGGCUGGAAUGACGAAUUCGCGCGCGACGCCGGGCCCCGAGGCCCCGAAGAUCGAGUGUAGCUCCUCCAGACGAAGCUUCCUGCCGGGAAUCAAGUCGGCCCGAGCUGUCCCGAUGAUGCUGGCGCUGAUUUUUCUCGGCGCAUUGAGGUUAGACUCGCUGCAAGGCGCCGAGGCACUGCUGGAACAUCUCGAGCACCGGCACUGCAGUCAUCGACAUCCCAGAGCACACGAGAAGCUGUCCGAUAGUAAUAUACUAAAUGACAUAUGUCAAUUCGUUGUCAAGGUAGCAAGGUUAUGCGCUUUGACGUAUCCUGGACAGGUCAUACAUGGCGUCUACAUAGAAACAGCCCACAUAGUAAAGAAACGGAGUAUUAACCAGCCGUUACGGAUUCUUCUUCACUACGAUGACAGCGUCUACAGAUUGGACGACAAAAAAUUCGAGCUCAUUAACAACACUAUUUUGCCGGAAGCUGUACACUUUUGGGAAAGAGCUCUGAUGGUACGCGAGACCAAAGGAACGAUACGACUGAACCGGAAAUGCCAGAGCACGCAGGUGUUCGUCAAAGACAAUCUGACGCACUGCAUUGACACGUGCAGGUCAGAGACUAUGUGCGGCGAAGUCGUCGUACCUGAGCAGCAUCUCGAUGCUUGUAGAGUAUGCAAUAAGGCGGGUCUCAACUGCCGUGUCGAACCAGCUAGUGUCCCUGGAGAAGGUAUCAACGGCGCGGACUUCGUCUUCUACGUGUCUGCCAUGUCCACGGAGAGAUGUAAAAAGGGUCUUACCGUUGCCUACGCCGCCCACUGCCAACAGGAAGCUGCCCUCGAUCGGCCGAUAGCAGGUCACGCGAACCUCUGCCCGGAAAGCAUCAGCACGAAGCCCCAGGAGUUGGAAACGUUGCUGAGCACCGUCAAACACGAAAUACUCCACGCCCUAGGAUUUUCCGUCAGUCUCUAUGCGUUUUACCGUGACGAUCGAGGCGAGCCCAGGACCAAGAGGACGGAGACCGGAAAACCUUUUCUUAAUACUACACUGCAGACGCAUCAGUGGAGCGAGAACACGAUAAGAACGGUGAUAAGACACAGCUGGCAGGUACACGGAGGCAGCGUUCGAAGGGCGAUGCAGAUGAUCGUUACGCCCAGGGUUCGAGCGGAGGUUCGGGCACACUUCGACUGCCGUGAUCUUGAAGGCGCUGAACUCGAGGAUCAGGGCGAGGAUGGCACUGCGCUUACGCACUGGGAAAAACGUGUUUUCGAGAACGAGGCGAUGACGGGUACGCACACGCAGAACCCGGUCUACUCGAGGAUUACGCUCGCGCUGAUGGAGGACACGGGCUGGUACAGCGCCAACUACUCGAUGGCUCAAGAGCUCGGCUGGGGCCGCAAGCUCGGCUGUGAUUUCGCUAUGAAGUCCUGCAAGGAGUGGAUCGUCGCCAAAUCGUCCAAGUUCUCAAAAAAUAGCGAAGAUCCUGGUAGGUCCAUCCACCCUUUCUGCAACAAGGUAAAGCGCGACCCACUGCAGACCGAAUGUACUGACGACCGCAGCUCAGUCGCGCUGUGCAACCUCGUCGAAUAUCCGCAGCCAUUGCCAAAACAAUAUCAGAAUUUUGACUGGAUUCCAAACGUGCCACGUGGUCGCGAGGAAUAUUACGGCGGUUCAGUUUCAUUGGCCGACUACUGCCCUUACAAUCAGGAAUUCACCUGGCGUGCCAACAACACCAUCGUCCGCGGCUCUCAUUGUCUCUACGAAGACAAUAAUCCACAUCCGAAGAAGAACUUCGCCCUGGAGAAGUACGGCGAGAAUUCGCGCUGCUUCGAUCACACGAACCAGAUGUGGGAGGAGCGUACGUGCAAGCAGGUCCGACAAUGGCAGCACUGGGGCUCUGGCUGCUACCAGUACAAAUGCGAGGCUGGACGACUUCACAUUAUGGUCACGAAUUACACGUACACGUGUUACCACGCCGGCCAAGAGAUCGCCAUCAGGAUAAUGCAGAACGAGUGGCUUCACAAGGGCGCCUUGAUUUGUCCGCCCUGCCGAGACCUCUGCCAGGAGGAGUUCGCCCAGCGCAAAGAGCAGUGCAAGCCGGGUGAUGAACAUCCACCGGCAACUUUUUACCACCGGGACAGACUGGACUGCGACAAAGCUUCGAGCAACUCACUGAGCAUCUCGAUCCUUGUGUCGAUCAUCGCCCUGCUCUUCGUCUUCAGAUGAUCAGAUCCGAGCGUCAGUUAGUUUAUCAUCGUUACCUAAAAACGAAAUCGGCGAGCAAAGAUUCAUCGUGCCACAGAGAUGCUUUUUUCAUCGGAGCUUUCAAGUUAUGUGGUAGAAUGGGUGGAUGUGGGUGUUGAACACGGUAACUGCUAACGCGCUACGAAGGAUCUUCCUGAUUUCGACUUUAGACGAUUGUGAUUUUUAGGGGGCACGAAAGUACUGUUUUACUGACUGGGUGGUUGGGAACUCGUCAAAUUUUUUUAUGGUUGACAAUCCCGAUAAAAUAUCUUAAAUUCACUUUGUAUUUACUCAUUGUAUUGUGGAAAUCAUAUUGUGCGAAACUAAUUACGUUUCAUCUUGAACGUAUGAAAUAAUUGUUAUUUGAUAAUUUUUUUAAAGCCGGUAAAACAGAUGGAUUAUUACUUUCUUGCCACCUGACUCGAGAUAUUCCUCGUAUUUUAGCAUUUAGGGAUAAAUCAACGAUUUGCUUGUUGAUGAAAAAAGCAAACGUUCAUUUUACCCGUGUUAUUCAAUUCCCGUUUAUUCUAAGAUUUUAAACGUUAAGAGUAUGUCUAUUCGUUGCCAUCUUAUUCUACUUAAGAUUCUUGAAGCCAUAAGUAAUCCUGAUUAUUUAGGUUUGAUUAGUUAUAUUUUUAGCUGUAUUAUAAUGUAUCAUUAGAUGCAAAAAAAAAUAUUUUAAAAUUCUUUUAUUUGUCCUGUAUUGUAUUUUUGAAAAUUGUAAAUAAUUAAAUAAGGAUGUACUUUAGUUUGUAAGCCCCGGAAUACAUUCCAACGUGUAAAUAGCUCGGAACUUAUGACGAGCCACGUUUCAUUUAGCUGUUUCCCAAAAGGAAAGAAACUCCACGGUUAUAAGAAAGACUAUUCAGUUAUAUGAGAUCAAGUAUUUUGCAAAUAUAGCGAGCAGUAUUGAAGUACCUACAAGAUGCUUGCGGUACAAUUGUAAAUAAGUAAAAAUAGCGAAUGGAUAAAGCGUAAAGACCGUAAAGAUCUUGCAAUGUGAGAUUAUCAAGAUAAUAUUGUGUUUACUGAAUCUGUUUAUAACCGAACAAAAAAGAAAUCAUCUUCUCAGAAUAUAAAUCUUCAAAAUGUAAAUUUUGAAGAUUGACAUUAAUUUCGAUUUGUUUUAUUAUUUUUAUGUAGACAGAGACUUUUAAUGAAGGCACGUCAAUUCGACAGAAGCCAAUGUAAAUUCGUUCGUUGGCUUCCGUGACCAGCGACAAUAUAUUCUUAAAGAAAAUUGAUUCACUUCUCGUAUCUAGUAACUUAGGAAAUAAUUGAAGGAAUGAAAGGAGAUACCAUUCCAUAUCAUGAGAAAAUAAAAAAUACGUAUAGUGUAUUAUAGUCGAGUUUGUUCAAGUUGGGUGAUACUGCUGAAGAGUUGCAUAAAUGUUAGAAAGACAUUGCUUUUAACAACUAUUCCUUUCAUAACUAGUACUGAUGCAGUAAAAUUCAAUUUACUGAUAUUGUAAAUGCUAAAAAUAACAUAUGCAUUUCAUAAACAAUAUUAUGCAUUUACUUAAGAUAUUGAUUGACUCAGACGGUCAGAUUCUCUAGUUUUCGUAUUUUCUGAAAAUUGUCAAACUUGUCAAGCUUUUUCUCGUACAUAUUAUUUUAAUAGCAGUUGAACAAAUUUUAAAAACUUUGGCAGUUACCUUAAUUUUUUAUGCAACUCGUCGUAAUAUUAGGUUUAUUUUAGCAGAGACACCAGAUAUGGAAAUACGGUUUCCUGUCUGUCUAUGAAAGUUAUUAAAGUUAAGUCAUAACUGUACGAAAAUAACCAAUUUAAAUCUCCUUAUUUACACUUCGAAUGGAAUUUACGAAAAGUUGAACUAGCCGACAAAUUCCCAUUCACGCUAUAUACAUCUCAGUCUACCAACUCUUCAACUGAGAAUACAAGUGAAUUUCAUUCGAAGUACAUGCGAGCAUCGUGCGAACGAUCAAACUGACUGCAAUUUUGUCGAGCGUUUAACUUUUGUAAUCUCUAAAGUACAUAUUUACGUUAACGUUUUUCACAAAGAUUUUUUGGGCCCUUGUUUUCAUAAUGGCUUUACUAUUGCGUGUUACGUCGAUCGAAUAUCACUUCGACGCAAAGAUAUAAUUAUAAGUCUAUUGAGUAUUUAUUUACAAGAUACAGUGAAAUUGUAAACUUUAUUACUGGCAAAGAUAAAAUUAUAAAAAUACAAAAA